AUGGCGCCUGUGUGCGCGCCUGUGGCUUCCCCAACCGAACUUCAGCAGGCUACAUCGCGGGCCUCAGUCGUGCCUGGGGCCUCCGCGGUCGCGGAGGCGCCGCUGGCCACCAACGCGCUGGAGCUGCCGCUCGCGCUGUCCCUGACGACCACGGACCUCGAUGCCCCUGCUCCCCUGACACCCGCCGAGGGUGCGUCUGCUGCGCGCGCCGCGGUCGAGUAUGCUGCAGAGCUGCUGAUGGCACCCUACCGGGCAUACUCGCACGCCCUCGAGACGAGGCCGCUGCUCACCAAGGCGAUGACCAG